AUGUCCAUGGACUCGGUCCAGCCAGCGCUGCGGACACUGCUGAUGGAUCUCGUGCAAGACGAUGCCGGCCGUCGUGGCCUGCUCGAAAGCAAUCCAGACAUUUCCGAGCGCGACUUCCACGCCAAGUAUUUUGUAUUCCAGCUCCAGCAUCAUACCUCGAGCGACUCGCACCUGUUGUCGUUUUACGCAAAGCACAUCUCGGGCUACGCCGGCCGCCUUGCCCAACUCUCUGUCAACCACUUUUUCCGCCUCCUCAAGUGCGCCUACACCAGCACCCAGCUCUCCAGCAGCUCCGAUUUUCACCGGAUCAUCUCGAUGGUGCUGCGAGACAUGUCGCUCGUCCGUGUCCCUCCAAAUGCAGGAAUUAUGGAGUUUUGGAUUGCCACCUCUGAUCUGACAUCCACCCAGAUGAUCAUCGGCUGGUUCAGUCAUCUUGAGCAGCUCUUUGGGCCGGGCGCCGUUUCGAUGCGAGACAGCAUUCGAGUGCUGAUGAUCCUGGUCAGCCGGACCCUCGAUCUCGACGAAAUUGCACCCGUCUUCAAACUCAUCACCGAUCGAUAUGGGCCUCUGCCGACCAAGACGCUCGCCAAUCUUGUCAUACAUUUCACCAAGAACGAUCAACUCAACACCAUUCUGGCCCUCGUCGACCUCGCUCCUCUCAGAAAGGACAAUGCCUCGUCAGUGAUCGUCACCGUGGCGGUGCUGAAGCAUUUUAUGAGCCAACGUAGCUACGGGAAGUGCUUGGAGGUUGCCCGUCGAAUACAUCUCAACGGCAUCAUCCCCCCAGAGGUCUUUCACCAGCUCUUCAUUAUGUACGACCAAGAGUCGCAUGUGGACGGGCUGCUCUACACGUUCGAGUAUAUGAAGUCCUACUAUCGCGAGCGCGAGCGCCAAGAUCUUAUCAAGGUCGAGUCCUUCAACACGGUUAUCGCCGCACUGUGGAAGCGGGGUCUGGUCGACCAAGGCUUUGCCCUUCUUGAAGAGAUGGGCCGCUGUGGCAUCGAAUCCGACCGGGUUACCGAAAACAUCCUUCUCCAGCAGCAUAUCCGAUCGGGACAGAUCGACAAAGCCCUGUCGCUCUUUCGAGCAAGCUACCUCACCAAGGACUCGGCAGCGUCGGUGGCUCGGUCUGACACUUUUGGAACGAUCCUCGUCGGCCUCUUGAAGAGCACCCGCCCCGAGCUCGCUUUUGAAAUCUUCCGAGACGGCUGGAACUCGGGGCUCCGCUUGCGUGAGAAGGAAUGGAAAAUGUUCCUGGCCCAGAUCUUCACUAUUCCACUGCUCGCCCACCGGGCCUUCGAAGUCGUCGACCUCUAUCUAUCCCAGGGACAGCGCAAGGCCAUUACCAAGAGCACCCAGGCAGUACUCCUGUCUGGAUUCAGCAAGCUGGGGAUGUUCAAACACAUGGACCGCGUUUUGGAGCUCCCGGUGUCGUCCUCCAAAACCAUGAAUAUCCAAACGACAAACACGAUGAUGAAGAUGGCGCUGCUGGACCACAACCCGCAAAAAGCCAUCAGCUACUUUGACCAAAUGAUCGAAAGUGGCAUGUACCCCACUGUGCUCUCGUACCAUAUCCUCAUCAACUACUUUUCUUUCAACGCGCAAAUCGAGAGUAUGGAGUACUACUUUGACCGGAUGCUGCGACAGCAUGUGCGUCCGGACGGAAAGCUUUACGUGGCCAUGUUGAUGGGGUAUGUUCAUGCGCUACAAGCCAGCAAGGAUGACCAAAAGGCCAACCGUCGCCUUGCCGACAGCUUCCGCCAGCUCUGGAGAGCAUACAUCUUCGGCCAAGUCGACCGGGCCCUGCUGAGCCAUCUGGUCAAGCAAACCCGCUCGAGUCUCCUGAACGAAGUUGUUGCCCGCAGAAUCACUCCAUACUAUUUUUCCAAUCUGCAGUUCGCUCCGAUUCGGCCCAAGCCGCUGACGCUGGCCCUCAGAGACUUUUCUCGGCUGAUCCACCAGCUCUGUGUCUCGGGCUGUGUUGAAAUCGCCGAGGAAGUUUGGAAGGACAGCAUGGGACUGCCCCUUGCUCCACACAUAAGGCAGAACCCCGAAUCGCUCGUCUCCGCGACCGAUGCGCUCAGGCCCUCGCCAUCGGGACGAUCACCCGGUCGUCAACACAAUGCCACCGCCCAUCUCGGGCCUUUGGAGCACGAUCGCACGGAUGCUGGCUCGCUGACUGAUACAUCGCCCAGCGACCCAACAUCGGCGUCCUUGACGGCACCGUGCUUGCGAGAGUUUCAUCGUCCCGAAGGAAUCUCGUACCGCUGUUUUGUUCACGCGUACCACCGACUCUCGCGGGCCGACAAAGCCCAGGAAUGGGCAGCUCGCGAGCGUUCCGACUGCCACGACAGCGAUACCAAUCGAUCGGCGAGAGAAUAG